AUGGAUGAAUCAGACCAUUGUACUUUGUGUGCAGAUGGAGCAUUGGAAUUUGCAGUAAAAAAAAACUUUCCCGUUGAAUUUGUGGAGGGCAGAGACAUUCCCUUGGAUGGUCUCAAUGCCGGUUUAAAUAAUAGCCCAGGCGACACAGUAACAGCUAUUGCCAUGGAUUGCAAGGGCAAUUUGGCCUGCGCGGCAUCGUCAGGUAACAAUAAAGCCCAGAAAACGCGAAUAAGAGUUGACGAGAGUUGGCAGUCACGAAUUUUCGUAUGAACAAUUCAAGCUAGAGCUUUAGAUUAAGAAAAGAUUAGGUGUGCGUUCCAACUAUGUUUCAACUUGAAAGCAUUAGGACUAGCUAACCAAAAUCAUGUGUCUGUCAAUUCUCGUACACCCACAUGUUCGUUUGAUCAGGGAUUAAUAUGAUUAACUCAUUAUGAAAUGCUGGUUCCUGCCAUGUCUAUAAUAGAAACACACCUUGUAGAUAGAACAUGCGACUAAAAACACUAAAAGUGAAUUACGACAACGACCAUGCAGUAUAUAUAUACUAUAUUUGAAUUUUUAAAGGUGGUAUACCAGGUAAAUCUAAAGGUCGUGUCGGUGAUGUACCGCUGGUAGGCUGCGGCGGUUACGCAAAUGAAUACGGAGCAGCAGCUGCAUGUGGGCACGGAGAGUCGAUAAUAAGAAUGACCGUGGCAAAAGAAGUGGUUUAUAACAUGCAAAAACUGAAUCAAUCUGCUCAGGUUAGGUUCAAAAAUUUCCAAAUUAAUUUAUUUUCAAAGCUUUUAGAUAACUGCAUGCCUGUACAAACACUUAGACGGGCGUCAUCCUAAGCCAAUUAAAUUAGAACUGCCCAUUGCAACAAGGAGAGCAUAUCAUGAGGACGGAAGCAUAGUUGCUCGGAAAAUUAUGAAUUGCACAAGUCCAGAAUGGUCAUUUCCUCCAUUUUCGGAAUCAAGUUUUCUUUUGUUUUGUUUUGACCUUAAAUCUCUGUAUGAAUAUAAUUAAUUUAUAUCAUUAUCAUUCUCAUAUAAAACUCCAUGAGACUUCGAUCAAUUUUGGAAAGCCCAUGCAUUCUAAAUUUUACAACUACCCAUCAUUUAGAAAUGUCCAUUUUGGAAAAUAGCAUGGCUUAAGAUGAUCCCAGUACUUAGAAUAAUAAUAGUGCAACUACUGUAUCUGUAACGACUGAAUCAGUGAUUGGAAUGUUUCAUUAACAUUUCAUUGUUUUAGAAACCCAACCUAACUAUUCUGCAUCAGAUUCUUUAUAUUUCCGCAUUGUUUUGA